CAUUAAAAGACCUACAUCAUGGGUAAGGGACAGCCGAGAGGAUUGAACGCCGCUCGUAAAUUGCGCAACCACCGCCGUGAGCAGCGUUGGGCCGAUAAGCAGUACAAGAAGAGAGCUCUCGGUACUGCCUUCCGUUCCAACCCCUUUGGUGGUGCUUCCCACGCCAAGGGUAUCGUCCUUGAAAAGAUUGGUGUUGAAGCCAAGCAGCCUAACUCUGCCAUUCGUAAGUGUGUCCGUGUUCAGCUCAUCAAGAACGGUAAGAAGGUCACUGCUUUCGUUCCCAAUGAUGGUUGUUUGAACUUUGUCGAUGAGAACGACGAGGUUUUGAUCGCUGGUUUCGGUCGCAAGGGCCGUGCUAUUGGUGAUAUUCCUGGUGUCCGUUUCAAGGUUGUCAAGGUUGCCGGUGUCUCUCUUCUUGCUCUUUACAAGGAGAAGAAGGAGAAGCCCAGAUCAUAAAUAAUAAAUUAUUCUCUGUGUGUGUGUGUACCCCAAAGUUUUUGCUCAAUAAACAUUGAAAUGCCGAACUCUCUCUAG